AUGGCCGCCUUGGCCUCCGGCAAAAUUCACUUCGACAAGACAUACCGUAUUUUCGUCAAGUAUUGUGUUCCAUCGGCACCCUACUCCAACGAUACUGCUCGGUCGAUUCAGGUCCUGACGCAUGGUGCUGCCUUGGAUCACAGCUACUGGGAUUUCGGCCCGGGCUAUAGCUACCAGCAUGCUGCGGCCGCAGCAGGACUUGCCACCAUCAGCUAUGAUCGCCUUGGAAUAGGCAAGUCAGACAUUCCAGACCCUCUAUUUGAGGUCAACUCCAUGUCCACGCUUGAGAUCUUGCAUGGCUUGAACUCCGUGGUGAGGUCUGGUGGAUUGGGUCGCCACUACAACAAGAUCAUCGGCGUCGGGCACUCUCUUGGCAGCGCAGUGACGCAGACUAUCCCGGCCAAAUUCCCAUUAGACUUUGACGCCAUCAUUUUGACGGGAUUCGUCUCUACUCCGCCGCCAACCAUAACUGCUGGUGCGCUGGGCUUCCUCAAGGCAAAUGAUAACCCUCGAUUGGGACACCUGCCCGAUGGCUACAUUCUGCCGGGCGUACCCACCGGAGUCCAUUUGUCAUUUUUCAAGUAUCCGAAUUUUGACCCUGCGAUUCUCGAGGAAUCGGUCAACCGCAUGCAGACCCAAGCCUUGGGUGAAUUGCUUGCAGCUCCGGGGAUUAUCGACGAGGUGGAUCUUUCAUCCCUCAAGAACUACUCCUCGCCGGUUCUAAUCGUAAAUGGAGAAAACGACUUUUCUGCCUGCGGCUUUAGCUGCGUCACUCCGCGGGACAUGACCAAGGAUACAUUGAAAGAUGGUUGGCCUGCUGCUGACCCGAUCCUCAGCGACACUAUGGUCCAUGCUGGCCUCGGUCACAACCUGAACACCCACCUCAGUGCUGAAGCUGUGUAUAACGGAAUGAUUGGGUGGGUUCAGAAAGUGGAAUCCAGUUGA